GUGUGUGUGUGUGUUGGGGUUGGGGCGGUGCCUGUUUGUGUGUAGUUGUUGAAGAUAGAAAUCUGAGACCAGUCUGAAAAUGAACACAUAGUAAAGACAUAUGUGAAGUUUAUUAUUUAUACACAGUGAGCGUCAUGUUCUCGUCCCCAAAACGGUAUAAGAACCAGCUCUACGACGUCCUGAAGAAGGAAUGUCAGGAGAAUAAGAAGCUGUUUGAGGAUUCGGAGUUUCCCUGCAACAACACCUCGCUGUUCUACAGAAACCCUCUGCCUGGGAGAGUGGAGUGGAAACGACCAGGGGAGAUCAAUGAGAACCCGCAUCUGUUUGUAGAAGGCAUCAGUUCUCAUGACCUGAAUCAGGGUGAAGUGGGAAACUGCUGGUUUGUUGCAGCUUGUUCCUGUUUGGCUCUUAAACCAGAUCUAUGGCAGAAGGUGAUUCCUAACUGGAAGGAGCAGGAAUGGGAUCCCAAACAUCCAGACCGCUAUGCAGGAAUAUUCCACUUCAAUUUCUGGAUUUUUGGGGAGUGGACAGAAGUGGUUGUGGAUGACCGUUUGCCCACCAUAAACGGCCGACUGAUUUACUGCCACUCAAAAUCCAAGAAUGAGUUCUGGAGCGCUCUGCUGGAGAAGGCAUACGCCAAAUUGUCAGGCUGCUAUGAAUCACUCAGUGGAGGGAACACAGGAGAUGCUGUGGUGGAUUUCAGCGGCACUGUAAAUGAACCCCUUAGUCUGGAAGCAGGAAACUACCGCACUGACCCCAAAGCCAAGGACAAACUGUUCUCAGACCUGCUCGAUGUGUACGAACGGGGAGGCAUCAUCAGCUGCUCCAUAGCGGCAUCUCCGAGCGAGCGGGAGCUGCGUUUGGCAAACGGUCUGGUCAAAGGUCACGCAUACUCAGUGACAGCAGUAAAGAAGGUACGUCUAGGACACGGCCUGUCAGCCUACUUUAAGAACGAGACCAUCCCUCUCGUCCGCAUGAGGAACCCCUGGGGAAAACAUGAGUGGGUCGGAGCCUGGAGCGACAACUCAGAUGAAUGGCAGAAGAUCGGGAAUAUGGAGAGGAAAAAUCUGGGAAUCACUGUGGAGGACGAUGGAGAAUUCUGGAUGUCUUUUGAUGACUGGUGUCAGAACUUCACAGAAGCAGAUGUGUGUCGGUUGAUCAACACAUCUGUGUUGAGUGUCCAGAAGAUAUGGCAUGAGGUGGUGCAUUUUGGGAAUUGGAUAAAACACUCUGAUCCUCUGAAGAACCGGUGUGGUGGCUGCAUGAACCAUAAGCAGACAUUUCUACAGAACCCACAGUUUGUGUUGAAUAUCUCUCAGGAGGAAGAAGAGCUGCUGGUGUCACUGCAGCAGAGAGAUAUGAAGAUCCACAGAGCUCGUGGUGCAGGUGAAAACCUCACCAUCGGAUUUGCCAUCUUUAAGGUGGAGCUGAACAGGAAGUACCGCAUGCAUGACAUCAUCACCCAGCAGACCGUCGCCAUGUCCACGUACAUCAACGCACGCUCUGUGUUCUUGAGGAAAGUUUUACCUAAAGGUCGUUACAUCAUCAUCCCGACCACCUUCACACCCGACACACUGGGAGAGUUCAUGCUGCGCGUUUACACGGAUCAAGAUGCUGGGUGCAGAGAGCUGGAUCUGGAUAAACCCCAUGAGAGCUGCUGGAGUUGGCUUCGAGGUUACCCUCAGGUGGUUACUCACAUUUACAUUCAUGCAGCAGAAGGACUCGAAAAUCAAGAUAGAAGUGGAGGUGCAGAUCCUUAUGUCAUCAUUUCCUGUGAGAACAAAUCAGUUCAGUCUCUAGUUCUGAAGGACACUCGAGACCCUCUAUUCGACACUAGAGCCAUUUUUUACAGAAAGAAACCACAGAAACCAAUAAACAUCCAGGUCUGGAACAGUAACCCAGUAAAAGACCAGUUUAUGGGUCAGGUUGUUCUCCCAGCAACUCUGAAGGAUUCUGCAGACCCACAGACGCUGAAGCUGAGACGAGGAGCAUCUCUAAAGUCUGAGGAGAUGCUGGGGACCAUCAGCCUCCGAGUCGUGACAUCCAGAGAGCUCACAGCCAUGUAGAACUCAUUUACACUCACUCUGAGUAGUGAAUACACACAGAUAUCACACACACAUUCUAAGAUUCUGAUCACUUAUUGGUUCUCUACACUGAUCACCUCCAGACACCUCAGUGCACUGUGGGUACUCUAUAUCUGAUCAGUCUGGGAUGAAGAAGAGUUCAGAGCUACAAACAUGUCCUUCCUGCUCUUCUGUCUUUGUUUAAAUCACUAAAUCUAAAUGUUUGAUUGUUUGUACAAUUUAAUGAAGGCUCUGUUUUAUUCCCUGUGUGUCAACAUGAAUAAAUACAUUUUCUUUACUAUAAAGAGAACAGGAGGUUCUAACAGAUGUAGAGCUCCAUCCAGCCUCAGUGCUUGGACCCUGACAGAGCAGAUCACCUUCAUCAGCUCACUAAUAACAUGACAGAACAAACGAUGAAUCACAAGCAACAGAAAUAAUAAAUACACAAUCAGUU